AUGCUGAAACCAGUCCCUUCAGAGACACGUACAACAGUGCCGUCAUUUAGCCCGCCACGGGGUCUUUUCUCCGCUGGGUCUUGCAUGUAUCGCGAGCGCCCUCGCACAAAUCCUGCGACUCUGCCAUCGCUUGAAGCAGAAAAACUCCGUCAGAAGCGGUCGCCAUGUUUUGUGUUUCGAGACGACAAGGCAACACAAAAUCAGGCCCCGAUCUCGCGCCGGCCCGAUCCGCUGAUUGGUUGCACCAAAACACAAGCAAUUCUUGUCCUCAGGGCAAUCCGUUUCAUCCCCGUCAAGUUCCCCCAUCGUCGGCGCCGGGAGCCCCCUCCCCCGUCGGAACAUCCACGGAGCUUGAGGUGGUGGCGGGCGGCGGGCGGCGGCAUCGACAGCCCCUUUGGGAAAGGCUCCAGCUGCCGGCAGUGGAUCGUUGCUUCAGCCCAGCGGAAGAAGGCUACCUGA